GUUGCCAAAUGUUUUGGCAUUUUUAAUGAGCGACUAUUGUGUUUUUUGUACAAGUCGCUCGCAUUCCAUCAAUCAAUUUUUCUAUUUUUCUAUUAAAAACAACAAAAUUUUACUAAAAUUCCAGAAAAUUUUAUUGGAAUCUGCAUUCAAUUGCAGAAAGAUAACAGUGGCCACCAUCAAGUGCGGCAGAAUGAGUGGUGAUGGCGAGGAGUCACAAAGUGAUAUGAAUAAAGAAGCAGAUAGUGAAGCGGGGGGACCUAAUUGGCGUGGUUGCAGUAUAGACGAAAUUUACCGGAAUCUUAGUCCAUUUGAAUUAGAUCAUGUGGCGCCGGUAAAACCGUCAGAAAAUCACACCGUUCUUUAUCAUUAUCCAAUUAAGGAAGAUGAUAAUGCAGCACCUAAACCGUUAAAGGGUCAUCCAAAAUGGGACGCCCAUCAUGUGCGAUUACCCUGUUCAGAGAAAAGUCAAUAUCCGGUUGUAGCAGAUGACGGUUCGUCAAGCAUUGAAAAUCGCUGGGAAAUGAUAGAAAAAGCUUUAUUACGACCUAUCAACACAAGCCAAGAAUUGCAGACAGCCAUAUUGUCCUAUAAUACUAAAUAUAAAGACCAAUGGGAGUUUCGCGCUUUGCAUAAACUUUUCGGCGAAGAAUUAGAUGAAACCGAAGCUGAGGCAUUUUUUGAAGAAUUGUUACCGCGUAUUAUUCGGUUAGCAUUGCGACUACCGGAACUGGUCCAAGCACCCAUACCCUUAUUAAAGCAAGGUAAAUGUCAAGCUUUAACUCUAUCCCAGGAGCAAGUCUCCUGCCUCUUGGCCAAUGCUUUUCUUUGUACAUUUCCGCGACGUAAUACAAUGAAAAAGAAGUCCGAAUACAGUACAUUUCCCGAUAUCAAUUUUAAUCGACUGUUUCAAUCAACGGAGGCUAGAGUUAUGGAAAAGAUCAAAUGCAUCUGCCAUUAUUUUCGACGGGUUUGCCCUAAAGAGCAAGAUCGCUCGAAUGUACCAACGGGUUGCGUAACAUUCGAACGCCGCUUCAUGCAUCAUAGUGAAAUGCCAAACUGGUCAGAAUGUUUAAUACCUUUGGGAGUAACGCCGUUGCACAUCACCAGCGACGGUACAAUUGAGGAUCAAGGCUUUGGCUUACUACAAGUCGAUUUCGCUAAUAAAUAUCUGGGCGGUGGUGUUUUGAGCACCGGUUGUGUGCAAGAGGAAAUACGAUUUGUUAUAUGUCCGGAGCUUUUGAUUUCUAAACUGUUUACAGAAGUCUUACGGCCAACAGAAGCUUUAGUAAUGGUGGGAUGUGAACGAUACAGCAACUAUACUGGUUAUGCCCGCUCAUUUCUUUGGGAUAGUAAUCAUCAAGAUUGUACACCGCGAGACAAUUCGCGGCGACGUAUGACGCACAUUGUAGCCAUAGAUGCUUUGGCCUUUAUGGAAUCCAAUCAUCAGUAUCGGGAGGAGUUAAUGCUAAGAGAACUGAAUAAGGCUUAUGUUGGUUUCUUUCAUUCGCUUAGUACACCUGCUCCCGGAGUAGCAUCUGGCAAUUGGGGCUGUGGUGCAUUUGGAGGAGAGGCCACUCUUAAAGCAUUGCUGCAGCUGAUGGUCUGCACUGUUACUUCUAGGCCAUUGGUAUACUUUACAUUUGGCAAUAUCGAGUUACGCGAUCAAGUACAUAAAAUGCAUACAUACUUCAUUGAAAAUAACGUACUUGUUAAAGAUCUAUGGAAUGUUUUAAGAAAGUUUUAUGGUCACCAAUUGGAAACCAAAGAACUGUACAGGUACCUUUAUACGGAACUCAACCGCCUAAAGCACAGCCUGCCGGAUGUUUCGGCUACAACUUCAACGAGGAGGGAGUUGGAACACCGUCAGAACACUUAUCUUCAUAACGGUGCUAGUCUAACAAGUGAUAGCGAGACUGAGGCAGUAUUAAUAGCUGCUGCCAAUAAAGUAAGCGAACAGUUAGCAACAAAAACUGAAAGGGUCAAAAGCAAUGAUAAAGAUGAUGAAAACGAUUACAAUAGUCGCGCUGGCGCAGGACCGCUUGCAAAACCAAAAUUUAAACAACGUACUUUGCUAGAAAUGUUAGAUAAAGCUUACACUCAAAAUGGUCCCGUAACAAAAAAGCCUUGCACCACUAGCCGUUUAGAGAUGAAUAUUAAUUGAGAAAGCCCUAGAAAGCAAAAUUCUUUGCUCAAUAAGUGAAAAAAGAGUUAGUAAAGGUCCAUACUAGGUUAUGUAUUGUCUCAAAAACAAAAUAUAUAUAUAUAUAUAUAUAUAUAUAUAUUUA